AUGAAAACGAUCCCCACGCUCUGUGCAACGAGCACCGGCAUUGGCGUGUCUGCCCUGGGCUUUGUGCUUGCUCGUCCCGACCACGACGCACGCAAACACCGUCAACAUUGUCCUCCCGCCAACACCACCCGUCGCUCCGACUCGCAUAGAUCCUCUACCUUCCUCCACCCUCUUUCUGUCCCUUCUUCACAAGACCCGGUCUGUCCUCGACCGCGGUCCAACUCUCGAGCACCCUCGCUCGUUCCACCCACGAGUGACAUGACAUCGACGGCAACCUGCACGGUACAGACCGUCGACACCUACGCGACCUCGACCACCUUUUGUCCUCCCUUUGCCUUUUCGGCUCGCCAGGCCCUCCGCUCUGCGAGCACCCAACAUCCCACUGCUCCCCCGACGAGGAAUGCGCCGGACCAUGCAAGAACGGUGCUAAGGAAAAGAGACGGCCACACAAUGCCUCGCGGCGCGACCCCGUCCUUUCGACCCGGUCCAGAGGCCUCACCUCCCAUAUCUCCCACAUUCGCUUCUCACCAGACGCCGUCAUGGCUCAAGAGGUUUUCGUUUUCUUCACGCGACUCGACGCAAUCGUCAAACUCUCGCCCAAAUUCUUCCGUCAUUUCUGUCGCUCCUUCAGCCUCGGGAUCCACUACCCCGAUGAUCCCCAGCCACACUCCACCCAUCCACACAGCCCCGAACAAACUCGUCAAACGCUCCACCUCGGUGAGCAAAGUGCCCACAUCCGCCUCCCACAAACGAAGUGCCACUCUACAAGAAAGACGCACUCCCAAAAUUCCCAAAGCCGAAGACGCUUUCAGAAACUCCCUUUAUGGUUCUCCAUCAGAUUCCAUGCCCGAGGACAUUCAAUGGCGUAACUAUUUUGCUCCUAGACAGGCUGUAGGUCCUCCGGAAACGGUGCGGCGUCGCAGCUCGACCAGCAUCCCCAAUCCUAUCAAAAGGGUGUAUGCGGAUAGGAAGUAUCGCCCCGUCUUGGUGUCCGCUAGAGAGAACAUCAACGCUGCUCCAAUUGAGUUUGACAAUGAUAUCGAUGAUCUUAAACCUGUAUUCGAUCCGAAUGUGGUGUCAAAUGUCCCGGCAGCCGACCGUUUUUAUUCCUCAUCUCAUCAGCAGCCCCUUGCGUCAAAUCGACUUUCGCAAGCAACUGUUGAUUUUCAAACUUCUUCAUUCGAUUCAAGGAUAGAUGAGCGAAAAAGCAUUGAAGACGCCUUAGACAGGCAAGAUCUUGCCGAAAUGUCUAGAAUCGAGUCGGCCUCGAGCUCCUUCUCUGCCAGCGACAUUCUUCCCGCAGAUCCUCAAAUCUGGAAGGAGCCACCUCCUAUCAAAGCAGCACCCGUCGCCAAAUACCGCCGACCGGGUGCGCGAGCUCGGUCCAAUACGCCCUCAAGCAUGGGCAACAGACAAAGCCUUUCUCAUGAUGAGCCAUCCGAAACCCAAGCGAGACAUCACGACUUGGAUGACGUUACACAGACUACGACGCCGCCAUUUCUCAGCAGCCCUAUCACUGAGAUAGAUCUUAGACUACCAUCCCAACAGACGCAAUCCGCUUCAGAUGUAUUACUCAAGUUCGCCGACCUCCCCUCAAACCCCCAGAGCGACGACAGUGUUUAUUUCGACACACUACCUUCACCGUCACGGCUUCCCCAACAAGCGUCGAAGCACGUCGACACUACAUCACAUCUGGCUGGUUCAGACAGCGAUAUCAGGUCAGAGGAUGACGAGGGCCUUGACUCACAAAGCGAAACCGUCUACGACUCUGUCCGGACCAGGGCGCCAAAGUCGAGUCCGGGUCGCCGAGGACCUUCAAUAGAAUCCAUUUUUGGCGAUUCACCGCCGUUUCACAUUCAUGGCAGGCACACCCUGCUCAAAGAUUAUCUCCAAACAGGACCUGAACAGGGAUAUUCACUCAAGCCACGACACAGCAUUAUACAUGAGGAAGACGCCAUUUCUACUCCAGCCCGCUCUGCUCGAAACCAGUCCUUGGGCAGUUCGCCAAUGCUUCACAUGAAGCCUUCAUCUGCUCAGGCUAGCAUUUCAUCAUCGCCGCCUGCUAGGCCGUCUCUUUCUGAGCUUCGCCAGCACGCCGAACAUUUCCCCGACCUCGCGGAUGCUGAUGAUGACGAAGAAAGCUCUUGGUCUUUUGCCGAAGACGAUGAUGACGAGCCUGUCGUCACGCACAAGAAUCGUUUUGCCCACCUUGGUAUCACCCCGGAUCUUUUGUCGCCCCACGGACAUGCUUCAAGUUCUGCCAACACGACUCCGCAACGCCCAACUAUCAGAAGCACGGAUAGAGACACGCGCAGUAGUAUUUUCGAUUGGUCCGAGCAACAACCGAUGGAGAAAAGCCCAAACAACCGUUCUCCCCCACGUCCCAAGACUGUGCAUGGUAAGAAGGAUGCCGAAACUCGUGGUAGCAGGUCGGUUGGCAGAAGAGCUCCUAGUGGGCUACACACCCGCAGCCAAAGUGUUCCAACAGCACAGGACGGCGAUGGGAAACGAACAGGGACCAACAAAUUCGGCACCUGGGGCAUUGGCAGCAAAGGUGUCACAGAGGACUGGAAUGAAGACUUCGAUUUCGAGGAUGAAAGCGUUCCAGCAGAAAAGAGACUCGACAGUGGCGUUUCGAUGAUUGUACCCAAAACCAUCCGGGAUCAGCAGACCAACGUGCUCGCCAAUAUUGGGCUUCUUCGAGAUUGGGGACUCUUGAUUGAGGAGCUGAAGGAACACAAAAUGCGGGCUGUCUUGCUAGAAGUGCUUGAUGGGGUUAAUGAAAAGAUGUGGAGCGAGGUUGAUGCCAUGAUUGAUCUCGCAGACCAGGAAUCUGACGAACAGACACUUGCUCCUCGGUUUUCGCCUUCCUCGUCGCCAUCGUUCAACUACGAUGAUUUCGACGAGCCACUUUCAGCAAUCCCAACAGCGGAACAUCUCAUGCCACCACCUUUGUUUGGCCUUCCUGAGUCUCCAGCAGAAGGCGAAUUCAAUUUCUACGAUGAGGAGGCGACCAUCUCUCCGACCAGGACCGACAACGGCAUCUUCGUUACACCAGCAACGCCUCGAAGACCGCGAAAGAACUCGGAAGCUGUCGCUCGCUCGGUAAUAGAAGCGUUGCAAAAGAAGCGACUCUCCAACGCCGGUUUUGAUCUCGAAGGGCGGGAUAAGGUUCAUUUCGACACGGCAACAUUGAAGCGCAUCAUUCCCUACGUCCAAGAGCUACGAGAUAGAGUCAAAAAAGUUAUCAGGGACGCAGAAGAUCUACUCCCCAGCCCGAAGAGUCUCAAAGGUAGUAUCGGUUCGCAUGGAAGUCGAUCCGUACGCCGAAGGAAACGCGAGGUCCCUGAAUCGCCGACCGUCCAUCGCCGAAGUCGACGCUCCACAGGUGCUUUGGACCGGAACUCUUCAGACGAUGGAAUAACCACUCCAACCGAGGAGCUGAACUCCCGAUUACGCCUCAUGGCCAUGACCUAA